UUAUUUUUAAAAUUGUAUCAUAUAAAAAAUUAAUUGAACAUUUUAUACUUUAUAUUUUGUUUAAUAAAAAAAUGCAGAUCAUUUAAUUAUUUUAAUUUAUCUCAUUAUAUUGUUCGUAUGUAAUUAGAAACAAUAUAUAAUAAAUAAAUAUUGAAAAUUGCAUGAAAAAUGUUAGUUAUAAUUAUAAUAGAGUCAUACGAUGAUUAUACAACGUGUCUUUACAAAGUUCAUUAUAAUUAUGUUAUAAGGGAAAAAUUAGUGCAACGCAGUGGAACACGACACGAUAUGAUAUGAUGUACAGAGUACUAAUAUUAUACAUGUUAUGCGCUGUCGCAGUCGGAAUAAGCCGAGUAAAACCGAAAGAGAAAGAAAAGAAGUAUGAGCAUUACUAUAUCGUGUACGAUAGUACCCAAUUAAUACUAAGUACGAAUUGAAUAAUUGUUCGAAAUGUUUAAAAAAAUAUAUUUCUAACAUAAAUAUUAUAUAAAUAUCUAUCAUAAAUAUGUAUAAUUAAGAAAUAAAUAAAAAAAGGAAAAAAGAAAACAAAAAAGAUAGUUUAUUUGAGAUUAUACGAAUCAUACAUAACGAAUUCACGGCUACGAGUCAUUCAUCUAGUCUCGUUUCCGAAUCGAUUUCUCUACGUUUAAUACGUUCGUGUCGCUAACAAUCUUCAACUGUCGAAUUAUGGGCUCAGUCGUUUUAAAAUCUCUUUCAGUUCUUCUUGGGAUAUUCUUCGUUUUCGUUGGUACUAUGAAAUUGACUUCUCAUAUUAGUAAGGAUCUGCACAAGGAUUUGAGGAAAGAAUAUGUGAAAUAUGCAAAGGUAUUUCCACUAUCUGGUACACUGGAUUUUAAAGUACCAAGUAAAUGGUAUAGAAGAGUUGUUGGAUCAUUGGAAAUUAUUUGCGGACUCGCAAUGGCCAUAGUUCCAAGCCAUAAAAUAAAAAAUGCAUCAAAUACAGUAUUAUUAUUAUUAAUGUUAAUGGCUGUAUAUUCACAUUAUAUGGUAAAUGAUAAAUUUGAAAGGAUUGCACCAGCAUUGGUGUUCUUUUUUAUGCUAACAGGCCGAUUAGUAAUAGAUUGGCAACUUAGACGAGAAGAUACACAACCAGUAACAGCUAAUGGUGUAGAUGAUAAAACUAAGAAACAAGAUUGAAUUUGGAAUUCUUAUACAUAUUCAUGAGACUAAAACUUUCAUUUGAUUAUCAUAUUAAUUAUCACCUGCAAUGUAUCAUGUAGGUAAUAGUUUCUUAAAGGAAUUCUUAUUAUGCACAACAAAUAAAUUACUCAUUUGAUUUUUGA